AUGUACCACCAAUACAGAACCCAACAACUCAAACCCACAACCUUCUUCUCCCCAAAAUGCCCACUCAACCACAACCUCCUUCUUGUCCCUCCCAAGCCCAGCAAAAGGCCCACCAUCUCGGCCUCCCUCCCUCCCGGGCCCACCUCCGGCUCUACCCAGGUCCUAAUCUCCCUCCUCCGCUCCAUCCCGGACUGGGCCGACACGGUGCAGGAGCGCGGCAUGCAGAAGAAGCGCUCCCUCUACACCCACCUCAACUGGCGCGACCACCGCAGCUCCCUCCGACACCUCCGCCACGUCCUCUCCAGCCUAUCCUCCCGAGUUAUCCUCUCCCUCGUCCCCCCUGUCCUCUUCUUCACCUCCUUUGCCGCCGCCAUCGCGGCAUACAACCAAGCCCUAAUCCUCCACCUCCUCCCCGACUUCCUCCCCUUCCUCCAUGCCUCCUCCCUCCCCUACCAGCUCACCGCUCCCGCCCUCGCCCUCCUCCUCGUCUUCCGCACCGAAGCCUCUUACGCCCGCUUCGUCGAGGGCAAGAAGGCCUGGACCAACGUCAUCGCCGGAACCCACGAUUUCGCCAGACAAGCCUCCGCCAUCCUCGAUGACGUCGGUAACACCGACUUCGCCGUCAAGCACGCACUCUUGCAGUACAUCAUCGCCUUCCCCAUUGCGCUUAAGUGCCACGUGCUGUAUGGUUCAGAUGUUAGGAGAGAUCUCCAACAUUUGCUGGAAGUGGAUGAUCUUGCAGUGAUCAUGAAUUCGAAGCACCGGCCUCGCUGCAUCAUUGAAUUUAUAUCGCAGAGCAUUCGGUUUCUCAAAUUGGAGGAGUCUAAAAGAAAUGUUCUGGAAUCGAAGAUCUGUUGUUUCCAUGAAGGAAUUGGCAUAUGUGAACAACUUAUGGGAAUUCCCAUUCCAUUGUCAUACACUCGUUUGACGUCAAGAUUUCUUGUCCUGUGGCAUCUGACACUUCCUAUCAUACUUUGGGACGACUGCCAUUGGAUUGUGGUUCCUGCAACCUUCAUUAGCGCUGCCUCUUUGUUUUGCAUUGAAGAAGUUGGAGUUCUCAUUGAGGAGCCGUUUCCAAUGCUUGCACUUGAUGAACUAUGCCAAAAGGCACAGAAUGACAUCCAAGAAGCAGUUGCAACGGGCAAUUUAAUUCAUGCACGCCUUGUAGCAAAGCAAAAUAGCCACUCUGAAGAGCAUUCACCAAAUGGCUGGCCUAACUCCUAG